UGCUAAAAAAAAAAAGUCUAAAAAUUUUUGCUUAUGUAAAAUUUAAUUUUAAAAAUUUAAAAAGUCAGUUUUUACUUAACGCAUGUGCAAAGUAAUCGCAGUAAUUAAAAUAAUCAACAUGACCGCCUUCAUUAAAGUAUACAAAGUCUAGAGACGACUUCUGUAAAGUCGAACCUCGUGUGUUCGAAUCUUAUCUACAGUAAAUUUAAUUUUAUAUUUUUUUAAAUUUAUAAUAAACUAAUUAUUUAGUACUGUUCGGUUAUUGUUAUUAAUUAACUGUAAAUACAUUGAGGUAAAUGUAUAAAUAUGUAAGAUGGUGUAAUACGUGUUGAAAGUUACAAUUAUAUUGUUUUAAACAUAACCUUCAUUUUUAAAUAAAUGAAUAAAAGUUACAGAUAAAAAAAAACUAAAAUGUCUGAUGAGAUAAAAAAUUCAAACGAACCUGAAGAAAAUUCAUCGAAUAAAAAUAAAAAUGAUAAUGCAGCAGCGGGAAAACGUGUGUUUAUAUUAACAUCUGAAAUGGUAAAACAAUUGGGGCUCGAUGAGAAAAUAAAAAUAUUCAAAGAUAAAAUAAAAAUAGAUAAUAGUAUUAAGCCGGUAUCAGUGCAAGUUAAUAAAGAUAAAAAAGAAUUAAUAAUACGAGAUUCACAAAAUGUAGAAGUAGAUUCAAAUUCAAAAAGUAAUUCAUCGACAGCAAGUGAAGCUUCAAAUACCAAGGAAGUGGCUGAAGAAAAAUCCGAAACAUUGAAUUCGGAAAAUGAAAAACAAACGGAAACAGAAAAUAAAAGUGUAAGUAAAAAGUCUGUUCCGAUAAUUGCUCAUCAUGUUGAGACACUCGCGAAACCUUUAAUACUCCGGAGAAGUCCCAGUAAAAAUGGUAUCGUUGUAAUUAAAUCUCCAGUUGUUGGGAAUGAUCAAAGUAUUUCGCCGCCAAAUAAAUUAAAAAUAAUUGGAGAUAAAGCAGUUGCUGUUAAACCAGCACUAAGAAAACCUACAAAAUUAGCCCCCAGGAAAUUAAUAAAACAUCCGAAUGCGGGUACUGCUGCUGCAAACAAAGCAAAAAAUGCUGGUGCAAAACAGUCUGAUAAUAGUGAAGACGAUGUCAUUUUUAUUGAUGCAGUACAAAAUAAACCUGGUAGCAACAAAGAAAAGUCUCAGCGAGGAUUCAAAAAAACUGUUUUGACUUACAGUAGAAGUUCUGCAGCCAAUAGACGGAAACAAAAUGAAACCAGAUCAUCGAACGCUAAUUCGCAGCAAACGUUUCCAUCAAAAGUAAUAAAGCUGUCUACAAUAAAUUCAAAUGCGUCGCGUGAUGAUGUUCUUAAUAGUCAAGAUUUAUGCCAACAGCCUACUGAAGAGUUGAACAGAAUUUUGCAGACUGUUGAAGUUGAAAUUGAAGAAGUUACUGGGAAUGAAUCAACAGAUAAAGAAUUGGAGCCUGCAAAAAAUAAAAAUGGUAAGAAGAAGGAAAAAAAACCGAAAAAAAAAAAAAAUCAGAAAGUUGUUGAUGUUUUUGAUAAUUCUGAUUUAAUGAUGCCGAAAAAACGCGGUCGGCCACGAAAAUAUUUUUUAAAAACAAUACCAACUCCGAUGCUUUUACCCAUAAAAUCAGAAUUUGAUGAACCGGAAAUAAAUUAUUUGAAUAGGAAAUCGGAUAAUUCAAAUUCAAAUAAGGAAUUGGGAAAUUCAAAUUUGAAUAACGAAUUAGAAAGUUCUAAUUUUAAUGAAGAAGCAGAAACUUCUCAUGUAAAUCAAAAUUUAAAUAAAGAAUUAGAGAAUUCUAAUUUGAAUACAGAAGUAGAAGCUUCUGAUUUAAAUGAAGAAUUAGAAGUUUGUAAUUUAAAUAAAAAUUUGAACAAAGAAUUAGAAAAUUCUAAUUUAAAUGAAGGAAUAGAAUCUUGUCAGUUCAAUGAAGAAUCGGAAGUUUGCAAUUUGAAUAAAAAAUUACCAAGUUCUAAUUUGGAUGAAGUAGAAAUUUCAAAUUUGAAUAAAGAAUCAGCAUUUGAUAGUAAAGUUGGAAGUGCAGAAAAUUUUGAAAGUAUUUACAUCAAAGAUUGUAAAAAAACAGAAGAAAAUUAUGAAGAAACAAAUUGCCAUAAUGAAGAAAUAGAAACUCCUGUUGAUGUUCCUGUUCGAAGACGUCGUGGACGGCCUAGAAAAUCCACGACUAGUUCACCAUCUUUGAGUAAAAAGAAGACGGUACAUGACGAGCAUGAUUCAAAUAAAAAGACAGUUUCAAAUGACGAUGAUUCGAAUAAAAAGGCAGUUUCAAAUGACGAGCACGAAGACAAUAAUAAUAAUGACGACGAAGAUGACGAUUAUGAAGAAAAUGACAAUUCAGCAAAACAUAGAAAACAUAAAAGUAAAAGAGGUAAAAAAACCGGAUGGUAUAUCCAGCCGGAUAAUGAUAAUGAAGAAACGAAAACUGGUAAGAAAGGUAAAGCGAACAAAGAUGAAGAAAUCCAGUGCGCUAAAUGUGACCAGAAAAUGUUGAGAUCAAAAUGGUCUGCUCAUAAUUUAUCAAAGCACAAUAAUACCGGAUGGUUACAGGGUUCCCGCGAUCCAGACUAUGAGAACAAUGAAAAAUUAUGGAGAAGUGUGCUUACAGUUGCUAUCAAGAAGAAAAAAGGAUCACUAAUUUGCGAAAAAUGUGAAACGGCAAAACGCAGCGUCAUUGGUUUUAUUUCUCAUUAUAAAUUUUGCGGGAAAUCACAAGAGGAACGAGACGCAAUGAUGUGGGUCUGUCCAUUAUGCAAAGGCAUAUUUAUGCCGUCAUCCCAAGAUUUUCAUGAACGUGUGCAUCGUGAAGAACAACGUCAAGCGUCGAUGGUAAUUGACGUACCCGACGAUGAUGACAGUAAAAAGAAACGUAGAGCCGCUGAAAAAGCGACGACUAAAAUUUUAGAGUUUACUAAAAUCGUGAAAGACGAGCCGCCACCGCCGAAAAAAAGUAAGAAAGUAAAAUUAAAAGUGAAGGACUUCAUUGUAAAGCCACCGAGUUCUAAACGAGUACCGAAUGUUUGGAAAGGCGCUUGGUCCAAAGAUAUAGCAGCUAAUAGACAAGCGAAAUGUCGCAAUCUCGGUUGUGAGUUUGCUACUAGUGACAUAAAUGAAAUAUGCAAACACUAUAGUCUGUGUAAUUUCGUGCCUCAAACAGAAUUCGUUUGUAAAGUUUGUAAAUUUUUUUCCAAGUCUCAAGAAGACGUUGCCAAUCAUGUGAGAUCAGAGCAUUCGGACAAAAUAAACUCUGGUGAAGACUCGGAUUUUAAUGUCAAUGAACUCAGCGAUGGAAGUAACGACAGUGACAAUAAUGAGGACGUCGGUGCUGUUGAGGAAGGCGAUAAACGCAGUAAUAAAAACAAACGUAAAUUAAAACCGUUUGAUAAGCAAAUAACUUCUAGUACGCGAGUUCAAUUUUUGAGAAAGAAUGAAGUCUAUCCACUUUCUAAUGCAAAUAUAACUUACAUUCCAUCGCUUCAAUGGACAAUGACAUUCGAAUUGCACAACUAUGAGCUAAAAUUAUUUGAAAAUUUAGUACCCAGUUCAUUUAAUUUAUUAAAGAAUUCCGAAGCUCAAGAUUAUCUUCCGGAACUAAAAGUAUCUAUGCGAACGAAACAGAUGAAAAAUGUCUCGCAGGAUUUUGAAUUCGUCAGGAUAAAAAUAAUAAAAGAGGAGAAUUUAACGGAGGAAGAAAAAAGAGAUAAAGGAUGGAAGUGUUGGAAACAAUUUGAGUCGUCGAUUGUCAAUAACGUGCCGAUGUUUUUUGUCGGUGGCCCAGUUUGGUCAAUGGCCUGGUUGCCAAUCCCUGCGCCCAUGUACUGCCAUCAAGCCGACCAGUAUCUGGCAGUCAGCACUCACCCGACGAUGGAAAGUAAAUACAAAAUAAAUAAUUCUUACAAAUUUAAAAAUAUCAUCCAGAUAUGGAACUUGGGACACUUGGAUCAUAUUCUAUCAGUUCCUCCGAUUCCGAAGCUUUCUUAUGUGAUUGCCCAUAACAAUGGUACUAUUUGGUGUAUGGAAUGGUGUCCAUCAGGAACUUAUCACCAUGACAUACUAAAAAAUGAUAUAUCUGGAUCAUUGAAAAGAAUGGGACUGCUCGCUACCGCGUCAUCAGACGGCAGAGUUCAUAUUUACUCUCUUCCAUUUCCCGAGGAAUUGAAGUUUGAAAAAACUGACGACAAUGAUUUGCCAGUAUAUCAAACAGACCCAGUAAUUAUUUUGUAUGUUAAUAAAAUAAUUGCUGAAGACGACAAAGCUGCUUGGCAAUGCACGAGUUUGAGUUGGAAUAAAUUACACGGCCAUGAUACAGUAGCAGCUGGAUUUUCAAAUGGGUAUGUUGCCAUUUGGGACCUGAUGAGUAAAUCGGCAUUACUGGUAAUGAAAAAUGAAAAUACGAUUAGUAUGAAUGCUUUCCAACACUUUUACGCUCAUGGACAUGCUGUUACUUAUGUCGGAAUUGUUCCAGUAAGUGGGAAAAAUUAUUUAGCAACAUCUAGCUUGGAUAGAUGUACGAAAGUUUGGGAUUUAGAAGAUCCCUACUGUCCUGUUGAUACUGUAAAGAAAGGUGCUGGUACCAAUGGCGCUUGGAUGAUACAUUGGCCGAAUAUUUACACUUCUUAUGAUGAUGCUCUUGGUCUAGGUCAUACUGUUUCAUAUUUGAUGGGAGUUAGAGACCCUCCUUCAUCAAUAUUUCCACUGUUGCCUUGUAAUUCGACGACUUAUGGAUUGGCGGUGUCUGAUUACGCGAAUGGUAUCUGCCAUGGUACGUUAGCUGGAGAUAUAGCUGCUAUUUUUCCAUUUCAAAUGAUGUAUAUUAAAGAAAUUGAUAAGCUUACUAAAAAACGAUGGCUGGUUUCCAGUGUUGAAGUCGUUGAUUUUGGUGAGCCUACGGAUACUGAAAAUAGUUCGGAUCAAAAUUUAAAAGACAAUGACCAAUCAAAUGGUUAUAAAUAUAUGCCUGAAAGUUAUGACGCUUGUAAAGAUAGAUUUGGAAUUGUUUUUCAUGAUGAUUUAAAUAAUUGGAAGAGUAAUUUAGUUAAAAAAUCUAAUAGACGUAAUCCGGUGAACUGCGAAACCAUGAAAUCUAUUCCGAUUGAACAAUAUCAAUUUACAUCAGUUAAUAGGCUUGCUUGGAACCCAAAUUCUUGGAGUUAUUUGUGGAUUGCAGCUGGUUAUCAAAAUGGAUUAAUAAGAAUUCUUAAUUUAAAAUCCAUGUCUGUUGACAAUGCUGUGAUGAAACAUUUGCCAGGUCAUGCCGAUUCAAUGAUGCAUAAAAAUGAUAACGUUGAAAUUACGAGUGUAACGUGACAAAUUGUACAUUAUUAACUACGUUUAUUUUUUACAAGUUGAAAAAAAAAAAAACAUUUUUUGCAGUUGUUUUUUUAUAAAUGUUAAUCUAAAAGCAUAAUAUAUUUGCCACAGUUCUGAGAGCUGUUACCAUAAGAAUAAAAAUUUUUAAAUUUA